ACGAAAUUUGCCAAUUUCAAGGGGGUCAGAACUCAAAAUCCGUCACCCGCCUUGUCUCGCCUCUUCUCGAAAAGUUUACGAGCUAUUAUGGGGUUUUGAAUCAUUUCAAGCUGAAACUUCCAAUUGCAGGGGCUACGGUUUUUACCUUAAUCGAAGGAAUUCCAGAGGAUUAGCUCGACUCGUCAGAUUUUAAGUUCCAUUGUUGCAGCAGCGCCAUGUCAGUGGCGAGUGCAGACAAUCACCGCCCCUCCGCUGCUCUUCAUGUUCGAGAAAUCCUGAAUUCAUGCUCCAAAUUGAUCAUAGCCGGAGAUCCACACCAGUCUGAAAACUCGAUCUUGGAGCUUGUUAACUUCCUCGAGGCAAUCUCAGAUGCCGCUUUAUUAGAUCCUGACAACGAGGAUGCAAAAUACAAUGCAUUCGAAGUUCUUUCCGAAGUUUAUGCAUAUCUGUGUUCUUCACUGCACCAGGAAGUUAUCGAUUCGUUGUCAUUUGAGUUGCCAAAGGCAGUGUCAAAGUUUGCGAGUGUGUCGAAUGGAUGUUUGGAGAUUACUGAGAGUGUUAUCAGUCAAUUAAUAACAAUGUGUAGCCCGCGGGAUAUGCUUUCAAUUCUUUGCGAGGCAUUAGCUAAGAUCGUCAGGACUUCUGCUUAUUUUACCCCUCUCCUAAGUGGUCUUUCAAAAGUAAUUCUUUCCAUUCGGAGGCAUCACUAUGAGCAAGUAAAAGUAGCAGUGCCUGUUAUUGUUAAUGUUUUAAAGGUUGUGACCUCAGAGACUGAUGAUGGGGAUACAGAAAUUGAGGGUUUGUUUGACAGAGCUGUUGGCAUUGCCAGUUCUAUACAUACAGUUUGCUCAAAGUUGGAGGGCAGAUCAAAUGAAAAACUUUGUGCUCUACUUGGUCUAUAUGUCUUGGAAAUCAUGGCUCUUGUUUCCAUCAGCUUGAAUCACAACAAAGUAAGCUGUCAGCACUUGGUGUCACAGUUGUCACGCCUCUUUCCCUACUGUGGUCUAUCAUACCUUGGUUUGAUAACUGGGAAUGAUGUUGACAAAAUGACUAGCAUUGUUAUAGGAGGUGUGGAAGAUGAAGAUGAUUAUAUAAGUUGUUUAUCCGAUGUCAAACUCGGCGCAUCUCUUUCAGUUAUUUGGGGCCAUAUCUCAGAUGAAGUUGCUCAGGCUGCUGAGGAGGACUUGACUACUGUCAAGGAUGAACUUCGAAGUAGCCAGUUAAGAAGGUGGCAAACAGUCGGCAUGUUAAAGCACAUAUACUCUUUUGUCAGUCUGCCAUCAGAUCUAAAGAAACAUGCCAUCGACUUCUUGCUUAGCAUCACUGAUGGAAAUGUAUCCCAGACCCUUGAUGAUGAAUAUAUUGACUUGGCAUUGUAUAUGCCUAGUCUUUUUACUGCUUUGCAGGCUAUUAAAAUGGUAAUCAUAUAUGCACCAAAUACGGUGUUAAGGAAGCUUGCCUUUGAUGCAUUUAAAAGGGUACUUGCAGAUAUUCCAACUUCUCAUAGGUUUGAAAUUUUAAAAGCUUUGAUUACAAAUACCGACUCUUCCUCCAUGAUUGCAAUUCUUUUGGAUCUUGUUAAAGGGGAAAUGCAUUCAGAGAGUUGCAAAAGAAUAUCAAAAAUAAAUGAUGAAGUUCAGCAAACAGAAAAUAAAGAAUGUUGGAGUCCUUUGUUGUGGAAUGCUAAUGUCCUUGAACUAGUGGAAUUAGUACUGAGGCCACCCAAGGGAGGCCCUCCACCCCUUCCUGAGCAUGGGGAUGCGGUGCUGUCUGCCCUGAACUUGUACAGAUUUGUGUUAAUAACAGAGUCGACAGGAAAAACCAACUAUAGUGAAGUGCUGUCCCAGAAUAAUUUACACAAGGCAUACCACGAAUGGUUUCUACCUCUUCGAACCCUGGUGACAGGCAUAAUGACAGAGAACAGGAAUGAUUCUGAUCAACUUGCUGAUGACACAGUCUGUCAACUAAACCCGAUCGAGAUGGUUUUGUACCGGUGUAUAGAGCUUGUCGAAGAAAAUCUGAAACCACCUACAUAAACUGUCGCUUGUGGGUAUGCAUGCUAUGUCUUCAAUACGAAAACCUCAUCUCGGUAAAAUCAUAAACGGAUAGAAGGUGUUUCUGGGGUGCAAUUGUUCUUCCUAUAGUUUUGAGGAAAAUUGGUUUGCUUUAUUUAGAUUCAAAAGAUUUAAGGUGUUGUUUGUUUUUAUAAAACUUCUCAUCUUAUCUAA